AUGGCUGUCGAGACCGAGCUCGAUACCGCGGCCUGCGAGGCAUCGUGGCCCACGCGACGUCUCAAUCCCAAGAUGCUCUCUUGGUGGUCCUUCCUCUGGAUCCUCUACAUUCCAUUCGGGAUCAUUCUUUGCAUCGGCCAGCUGAUCUACAUGUUCAUGCGAGCCUUCUACAUCCUUGGCGUCAAAGGUCCAAAAGGAUUGCACCCUCAGCAAAUUUUCCCUUUGGUCAAGUUCAACGUGGUCGACCACCUGGGCAACCCAAUUGCUGCGGAAACCUUCUCCAUCAAUAACUGGGGCGAGGCUGCGCAAGCCGACGUCCGACGCAUCUACUGCGCCGAGCACCCUUAUCUCUUCCUUGAUGGAUGCCUCCCGCUUCUCACCAACUCAUCUUUGAUUGUUGGUGAGGCCGUAGCACACGGGAUCACCGGGUUCCUGACACGUCCAUUCUCGGUCGUCAAGAAGCGCGGCAUGUCUCUAGUGAAGAUGCUCGAAAAUUGGGUGCAAAAUCCCGUCUUGGCAAAGAAUCUCGUUGUCUUCCCUCAGGCAGUGACGGUGGCACAGAACAACUUCGUGCAUUUUGCACUGCCCACUUUCAAGUUCGCCGCUGCCCACCCUACCCAGGUCGAGCUCGUCCCCGUGGCCAUGAGCUACGACAUGCCGUACCCUAUCCAUCUCCGCAAAGCCAACUCGAGCUACUUGUUCGAUUUCCUGCUGCUCAUGAUGAUGCCCUACGCCAAGGUUACCUACGCCUUGCUCGAGCCUGUGCAGCUGCACGGCAGGACGGCGGAAGAGAUCAAGGCCGAGUGCGAAAGCAAGAUCGUCGAAUGCUCCCUCAGGCAGUGCCAGGCAUGGAACAUCGAUUACCGGGACAAGGUCAAGUGGAGGCACAUGCUUACCGCUCGACUGCAUCCUACGUACCGUGCUUUCGAGAUUUCCAUCAUCAACAGAAUUCAGAGCUUGCCAGGGUUCAAGAUCCCUUCGCUGGUCUUGCAUCACACUAUCCAGGAGUCGACGCUGAUUUUCAUCGGUGCCUGCAUUUACUUUUCGAGAUGGAACCAGUUGGCGCUCAACGCUAUCAUGCGCUCGUGUAUCAUCACGUUUGCCUUGGUCAACUUCAUCAAGGUGAUGAAUCCCGUUCCCCGUCCGGCCUGGGUGGCAGCAAACCGUCUCAAGAUCAACCCGUACGCCUUGAAGAGGCCUCUGAGGCAGUACGAUUACACCUUCCCAUCGGGUCACUCGGCGUUCAUGGCAUGCUUGUACGCAACCUACUACUUCUCGCGUACUCACGAGGGUUUCGCGUUCGACUUCCCCGCGGGAGUUCACGUUGCUUUGAGCAUCCUCACUUUGGCCUCCGGUCUGUCACGUCUGUAUCUCGCACUUCACUGGCCUACCGAUGUCCUCUGUGGUUGGAUCCUCGGUGGUCUUUGGGGCUGGGCGUGGGGCAGCUUCCUCGACGCUCGAUUCGACAAGCUCUCCAACGUCCUUCAGAUCGGCAUCUCCUUCGCCGUCGCUGGAUUCUUCCUCAUCAUCACCAUGACGAGGAUGUACCUUCUGCCCGCAAAGAUCCCCGCCGAGGCAUGGUGCAGGCAGGUCGGACACGAGCUCAAACUGCGCGACCCAAAGCAGCUUCUACUCAACACGUCCAUGAUCUGGUCCAUUCUCUCCGCCAAAGGCACCCUUCUCGCGCUCUACAGUGCAGGGGUCACUGUUCUCAUCUGCCCCCUCGGUCGAUCUUCGUGGCUUAUCUUCAUGCAGAUCAUCAUCGGUGUCCUCUCCACCGCCUUGGUCCACACACUCAUCAUCCAUCUUCCAGCUCAACUCUUCCCUCCACCCAAACAAAAGACGAAGGUGGUCGACACGGAAAAGGUACACUUCCAGUCGGAUUCGGAGAUGUCAAUGAUGACCGUCGUCUCGCUUCUGCCCAAGUGGACGCACGAGUACACGGCUGCCGAAAUCACCAGCGCUGUGUUGCGUGCCGGUUGGUGGCUGUUUGCUUCCUCGUUCGUCUUGUUCUACAUCACUGUCUUGAGUCAGUUGGUAGCAAGCCAGAUCGAGGAAUCCUACUGCACGGUCCUUUACUACAAGGCUAUCGCUGCUUAUGGCAACAACUAA